CCUCGUCUUUCACUGAGCUGGAUCAGUUUCCCGAAUCAGCUGCCAGAGAUCAGACUGAAGAGGAUCAUGAUGGCCAAAUUUCUGAAGCAAGAUCAGAUCGACGAGUACAAGGAGUGUUUUUCUUUGUAUGAUCGCCAGAGGAAUGGAAAGAUUGCUGCCCAGGACUUGAUCACAGUGAUGCGGUGCCUGGGCUCAAACCCUACACCUUCUGAGGUCCAACGCCACCUUCUGAGCAACAGCAUCGGCCAGGAUGGAUAUAUGGACUUCUCCACGUUUCUCAGCGUCAUGCAUCGGCAGAUGCAGCAGGAGGCGCCGGAGCAGGAGAUUCUGGAGGCCUUGAGGAUGGCAGACAAGGAACAGAGAGGCUACAUCCUAGCUUCAGAGCUGCGAGCCAAACUCACUGGUCUGGGAGAGAAACUGACUCACAGGGAAGUGGACGAGCUGCUGAAGGAAGCUGGUGUUGGGACUGAUGGCCGUGUCCACUGUGAACAGUUUGCCAAAGCUGUGACUCGCUCUGCCUCCAAGCGGUGACAUGUCCAUGGCCUUUCCAUUCAAUUAUGC